AUGGAAACCAGUUCUGAUCCAACCUAUUUAUUACCGGAUUAUUCAAAAUUGUCGGAUAAUCAAUUUACACAAAGAUUAUUAACAUCAGCAUCAACUAUUAUAAAUCAAGAUAACCUUAUUGAAGUAUUGAAUCAGAAAGACAUAUUCAUAUUUAUUCGUGCACUUACACAAUUACUCAAUCGAUUAAAUUAUUCUAAAUUACAACAUGAACAAUGGUCAUAUUAUUAUAAUCUUGGCAUGACCGAAGGUAUUUGGAAUGGUCGAGUAUCUAAAAAAAUGGCUGAUGCAAAUUCAAUGUGUUAUACUUAUGGUCGAUCCAAACAUUUAAUUAAACAACGUCUUGAUAAACAUAAACUACAAUAUGAAAAAGCUCAACAGGCUCUUGAUGAGCAUAUGAAAAAUACACCAUCCAUUAUGGAUAUGGACAAUAUUAUUAAUAUGAUCCAUAAUUUAAUCGAAAAAGAUCAAUAUCAAUUACGACUUGAACUUGAAAGACGAAAAACAAUGCUUCGACUAGAUGCUCUAGAACAUCGACUCAUUGAAACCUUUUAUGAACUAAAGCCAAGACAAACGGAAAUAAAAUCAGCAAAGCUUAUAUGGAAAGCUAUGAAUGAACAGCAAAACAUAAUCGAUGAAAUUGCUAUAUUUAAGAAAUGGCUUGAAGUUCACACACAAGCAUCAUCAUAUACACUUCAAGAUGUUCAACUACCAAAAAUAAACCAUAUAUUCAUAUCAUUAUCCUUUCAACGUCCAACAUCAUCUGCCGAACAUGUCGCUGAACAAACAAUCGCUAAUGCCGAACAAAUUGUGCAAUACUACAACAAAAUAAUCAACAAUGAAAAAAAUAAGUUACAAUGUACAAGAUCUCAUCAUAAAAAUAUUCAGCAACUCGAUCAAAUCAUCAAGAUCAUUAGCCAACGUGAACACAUAAAGAAUAUAUACCUUCAUUUAUCUCCAAUGGCUUACCAAACCAAUGACACAACUGAAACAACUGGCAUCUCAUCAGUCUCAUCUGAUGACGAAUUAGAAAGUGGAAGUCAUUAUUUGACAAGUGAAUUUCCAUACAAGGACAAUAGUAUCAACGAAAAUGAUUGGUCUUCGUCUGAUGAUAGUGAUAAUGAUAGUGACGACAAAGAAAUAACUUACCAUCAUAAAGAAACAUCAAGUGACAAAAAUAUUCAUUGGAGUGAUGGUCCAUAUCUCACUCAUGAUGUGCGUUUACAAUCUAUGACUCGAUUCGAACGUCGACAAGCAUGUUAUUACCAAGAGAAACUUCAACAAAUUCGCCAACAAUUAACAGAUGAAAAUCUUAUUUUACGACCAAUUUAUAAAGAUAUUGGAUAUCAUGAAGAGUCAGUAGAUAUUUUUUAUAAGAAAGUCAAUCAAUUCAUGAAUCAAACAAGCAGCUAUUCAUUCGUUUUUAAGCUCAGUCGUUCAUAUCCGACUGCUAGUCAAAAACGGUUAGCUAACAUUGUUGAACGAGUUGAAACAACAUUGAACAACUUAUUCGAAUCUAAAUCUAUUACUGAAGCACAAUAUAUGGCUAUGAAGAUCAAUCGAUCUACAGUACGAAUGAAUUAUUUAUACUUCGUACCAGACACACACAAAGAAGGAAUUCCAGUUCAACCAAUUAUGGUAUGUAAUGCUGGACCAACUAUGGGUAUUAGUCGUUAUCUUGGUCGUCUUCUUGAAUUAUUCUUUAAUGAUGCAACUCAUUGUAAAAAAUUUCACAAAGCUUAUAAUGUUAUACAUCACAUGGAAUUCUAUCAGAAAAGUGAUCAUCUACUACCAACCACUCUAUUUGUUUCAUUCAAUAUUAAUGAUUUAUGUUUAAAUUUUUCACAUGAACAAGCUCUGGAUGCUUUAGAACAUUUCUUCAAUUCUUACAUCUCAUCAGAUCAUUCUAUUCAAGGUAUGACAAUUAGUACAAUUCUUCAACUUGUUCGUCUCGUACUCGAUGAACAAUACUUUAUUUACAAUUACAAAUUAUAUCGACAAACUGCUGGUAGUGCAUCUGGUUCAUCAUUAACUAUUCCAUUAGUCUAUAUCUAUUUAUUUUAUUGGCAACAAGAUAUAUUAGAAGAUCUUAUUAAUAAGAAUGAACUCUUUUUCAGAUAUCGAGAUGAAAUAUUUAUUACAUGGAAUAGAACUGAAGAUGAACUUCGUGUAUUACUUACUAUGGCUAAUUCACAAUUUCCACAACCUAUAUGGAACAUAACUGAUAUUGGAUCAACUAUUCAUUUUCGUGAUAUUCUAAUAACUAAUAAUAAUGGACUUCUUCACUGUAAUUUUUUUUUAAAUUCUAUUUUGAAGAAAAUCGAUAUUGAGUAA